AUGACCCGGGUAGGAGAAAAAGAGGUGGACUUCCUUGACUCCUCCUUCUUCACGACCAAACCAGGUCACAGAAGCCUCCCAACACCAGCAGAGGUUAUCGCUCUUUCGCCCAAGUUCCAUACCCACCCUCAACCCACUCCAGCGAAAUUUGAGCAUCUUGAUCUUAUUGUUAAGUGCGGCUCCCAUGUGGUGGUUGAAGAAGCUCUAUGUCUUCGUAUGCUACGGAAAACCUUUGCUAAAAAGGUCCCUGUUCCAGAAGUAUAUGGCUGGAGAGUUGAGGGCCGCGAUGUAUUCAUUUACAUGGAGCUUAUCCGGGGAGAAACAUUACAGAAUAAAUGGGACCAUCUAACUGACCAAGAGCGAUCAUCAAUCUGUGGUCAGCUGAAGGAGAUUAUUUCCACAUUUCGAAAAGUUGAGCAAGACCCUACGGAUCCAUUUAUUGGAUCAGUCAGCCGUGGCAGUCUACUUGACUAUGUUUUAGAGAAUAUGCCAUCAGCUGGCCCGUUUAAGUCCAUCCAAGAAUUUAAUGACUGGUUUUCCGCAUUGCCCCAGCGGUGGCUCCCUGAUUCAUCCAAGUAUCAAGACCCAUAUCGAGAGUACUUGCCCGAUGAUGGAAAGAUCAAGUUCACACAUGGUGACUUGCACCGGGGCAACAUUAUAAUCUCUCCUGGCAGUAACCCGCGUAUCCUUGCGGUUAUUGACUGGACUCACGCUGGCUGGUACCCCGAAUAUUGGGAGUAUUGCAAAGCUCUAUACACGGCCCAUUAUAAUGGAGACUGGCGUAAUGUUUGGAUACCGACCUUUCUAGACCAUUACACCGUGGAGUUUGACGUGUUCGCGGAAUAUGUCUUGCAGAUGGGAGCGGUGUGA